AUGUCUUUCAAGGAGAAUCAAGGGGCUGGUCCCCCUGAUUUAACGCUCGCCCAAACAGCAUCAACGUCUAGUGAUACGCACAGGGUCGACGUACAGAUGACUGGUGCGUCUGAUUAUGAGCCCUCAGAAGCCUCUAGUUAUGACCCUGCAGCGGCUUUACUCGAUAACACCCCCCAGUCUCAGCCCUCGAAGAAAAGGCGCCAGUCACUAGAUUCUGGUGAUACUCAGCAACUCAAGAAAGUGAGACUUGAGGAAGCGGAUCCUACAAGAUCGCGAGAGCUUCUCAAGCCCGCGACAGAUCGAUCCAAGCAGCUCCCAGCCGAGAUAUGGCAACAUAUCUUUACUCUUGUACCGCCCAGAUAUCUGGGUCGUUUGUUGGCUGUCAACAAACUUUUUCGCGCCCUCCUUAGCCCUUUUGUCACAGCUCCUUCCACACAUCAGAAUGCUGUGCCGUCUUGUCUUCCCAGCUUGAAGCCGGAUGCCAUAUGGCAGGCUUCAAGGAGGCUAUUUUGCCCCCGCAUGCCUGCUCCUCUUAAGGGGAGGUCAGAAGUUCAGAUGUGGCGUCUUGUUUGCUCUGUUUCUUGCCAGUUCUGCGGUUCAAAAAGUCACAAGUCCCUUUCUUAUAACAACGAAGCAUGGCGUAGUGGUCCAGGUCCAAGUGACGUCUGCCCCGUUUUCCCCUUUUGUGUCUUCACCUGCGGAGCUUGUCUAAGAAAGAAGGGUAUCAAGGAAAUCGACUUGCUUCUGUCUUCUUCACCCCCCUCUUUUCUCCUUCCGGCUCUUCCCCCCGUACUUGUGGAUGGAGAAAUGCAUGUUAUUCCUCCACGUGCUAUGCAGACUGGAGCUGUGCCUCCAAACACCCAGGUGAUCAAGCUAUUCUGGUCAGAGCAUGUCGAAAAAAUCAAGGCCGAGUUUGAACAUGUCAAGGCAUUGGGAUCUGCUGCUGCUGAAGAGUGGAUUAAGGGUCUGGAGAUUCGAGGAAAGCAGGCUUUGGUCGAUGCGUCUCGCUGGGAGAAAUGGGCCGGAUCAGGGGGGGUCGCUCAGUUACGCGUGCCAAAGACCGCAGCAAAACCAGAGGUUCCAGUUCUUGCUGCAUCCCUGCCUUCCAAGCCACCCGCAAAUAAGACGCUCUUAGGUACUGUUCAGCAGGUCAAGGAACAACAAGAACGAACCAGCGACGUAAGUGAGAAAGCCGGGCAUACAGCACAGCCAGACGCAAGCACGCAACAGCCACGUGUCCCGAUACAGCAGAAGCGAACCAAAGAAGAAGUAGCUCAGCUCAAAGCCCAAAGACGAGCUGACAUUGAGGGUCGGGCCAUGCUUCUAGAUCCUCCGUUGAAAGCAGAGGUUCUCGCUCGAAUUCCGUCCUUCCAAGCAGCACUUCAGCUCAUCACUCCACUCGAUGAUAACGCAUGGGAGCUGUUGAAACCCCGUCUUCUAGCCCAGAGAGGGGAAGCUGAGCUACGAGAAAAACAAAGCAGCGCCAACGCCCAAGGGCCGCAAGAAAGGCUUGCGAAGGAAGCCGAGAAGAAGCCUGCUAAAGAAUCGAGAGAGGUUACCGAUGAAGAAUGGGAUGACAUCCAAGGACCUGUUCGAGCACGAAUCGCAGAAUAUGCAGACGAAAUCAUCGAGGGAUGGAACAAUGGCGCCAAGAUCAAGAAGAAGAACUGCCCCCAGUUCGCUGCUGAUGUGCUCCUUUACGUUCGUAAAAGGUUCUAUGCUGAAGUUGCAAAGGACAAUGCUGCCGUCCUCGCUGCAGGAAAAAGGCCGGUUGUCGAACCUGCUGAGGGACCUUGGGCUCAAAAGUUGACACUGGAGAACAUGAAGUGGGUGUUUGAUGUCAAGAUCAAGCCUCGUACUGAGCAACUACGCAAGGAGUUGUUCCUUUGUAACGGCUGCCUUGGUGGAAAUGGACUCCUCAAGUACUUUGGAUUUGAGGGUGUGCUUCAACACUAUGCAGCCAAGCACACAAUUGCUCUUAGUCUGGGCAAUAUUGUCGUGCACUGGAGGGCAGAAUGGCCAGAGGUGCCCCCGUUCAGUCCUGAGCCUCUAACCAAGGAGAAGUCUUACUAUGACAGCAGCUCAUCCAACUCACUCCCGUCAACAGCUGCCCCAGUUCAACAGUCUUAUCCUAGUUUUCAGGCAGGUCCGCCACCAGGAUACGCUCCGCCUGUCUAUGGACCAGAAGCACCUCCUCUCUCACAUUAUAGUUCCGGUCCCCCAAUCCCAAUGCCACCCAUGGCUGCAUACGGGCAAACCGGAUCUCAUGCCUAUGCUACGCCGUACUUGUCUACACCCUACCACGACGCUGCAGCAUAUGCUUCUUACCCUCCCGCUUUCUCUUCAGGUAUGGCCUACAACCCUCAUGACCAGGCGAAUGGUUAUCCAACACCUCAGGCCGGCCCCGGGGCUUUUGACUAUGGCCCACCAUAUUCUGGCCAUUUCGAUACCACUGAUGUCCCAUCAACUACCAGGUCCCAGUUGUCCCGGAUGGAAACAAUAGCCCAGACUACUCAAUUGGUUUGGGCAAAGGUUGGAAAUAAUAAGAAGAUUCCUCCUUCGGUCAGGGCCUAUGUGGUCAUUUCGCAAGUUGCCAAGGCUUUUGAGGAUUCGUAUCACGAGAAGCUAACGUUGACAUUGUUCAUUGAUGCCACAACAAAAAACAAAAAGUUACGCAUGGUUCGGGCCCUUAACGGGGUUCCGUGCAAGCUUUGUGAUGGAAACCCUGUUUUCCACCUCCCACAACUUGUUAGGCAUUUUAAAACGGAGCAUGUUGACGUACUCAAGGACCAAGGAUUGGCACCUAUGAACUGGCAAACAGAAAUGAUCAAAUUGCCGGAACAUGAGCGACUGGCUGCAUUAGCAGAUAAGCUAAAGGAUGAUCCGAUUGCAUACGCCUCGGUGAACACCGCUAUUCCCUGGGCGUUUGAGCAAUCCUUCGUAGAUGAGUUUGCUCCAAAGCCUGCACCAGCGAUGCCGAACGACGCUCCUCCUAUGAACGAGCCUCCAGUUGCAACUUUGGCUGCUAAACCGAGCCAGCAUACCAAGCAACCUCUCCCGCGAAACGAUACAACACAGAUCAAGAAUAUACCACGGCAGCCGGGGCAGUUCACUCCAAUUAACCCACCUCAGGCGGCAAAGUUGCCGGUCACUGCCUUUUCCCAAACUCAAUCACACCACGACUCUGAGCAAGAUGUGCCCAAACUUCGUCCAGCGAGCGAAGUUUACGGUGGCAAGAAACGCCGAUCUGCAGCACCUCUGACAAAGCCUGUCGCCGUAGGAGAUGCUGCUGCCUCAGUAUCAGAUAACUAUUCGCCACCAGACUUUGAAAGACGUCAAGGGCCAGUCAAGGGAAGUGGCAGGGGUGUAGUCAGGAUGAAGCGUGAGUAUGAACACGAGUAUGAGUCUAUGGCUCUCCCUCCUUCCGGUCUCGCAAAACCUCGAGACGGGGCGCAUUGGCGCGACGAGAAGCCUUCUGAUUACCGUGAUGUUCGUGAGCAGCGCUAUUCAGUCAUUGAGCCAGUUGAAACACGCGAUAGAAGCGCUUCGGUUGGAAUUCGGCCACAAGAAAACCGUCCUGAAGUCACUGCACCCGCGAAUGCAGAGCCCAGCUACGUCGAAGUUGGAAAAAGAGCAGGCCAUGAGCCGCCCGUUGCCCGGAGCUACCAAGAGGCAGAAGAAGAAGAGGUUAUCUAUGUUGAUGAAUCAGGACGCGAGAUUGGACGAGGUCGAAGAGCACGAGACACUCUUCCCCGAGAACAUAAAUACGAUAUACGCGAUGAUCGGGGAUUCGGGGACUACGGCCAGCCCUCAUCUUCAUGGUAUAACGGUCCUGGUCAUGGUCAUAGUCAUGGCCCUGUCCGUUAUAGGGAACAGAGCCCUCGACCUCGAUAUGGACAGCCAGAGUACCACUAUGAACCACCUGCGGCCUCUCAACGCAUAUACUAUGAUCAUCCCAGCACCCGCCCACCUUCGGAGCAUCACGCGGACCCGUACGAGCUUGUUGAAGUUCGUCACCCUGAUGGCAACUACUUCAUCAGAAGGCCCAUCCGACGAGAUGAAAGACAGUACUAUGUCUACGACACCCGACCACAACUGAGGGAGCAAAGCGUAUACCCUCAUCAGCGAGCUGUGGAAGGCCCUCCAGGUUAUGGAUUCCAUCCUCGAACAAACCCUGCCUUUCCUGGCCAUCAUGCACCAGGACCUGACUGCAAUGACUAUGAUCCUCGAUACCCUUCAUCCACCACUGGUGAGCCACCGGCAUAUCAUGGUAACCAGCGAUAA